AUGACCAUCUCGGACAUUUCACGGUACCCGGACCCAGUCGCCACCGUGCCCACCAAAGUCCGGGCGGGUGGCGAACGCGUAGUGGAUGGCUGGGACAUCGACUCGCUCAGCAUUGAGGGCAACGAAGGAGGAAGGAUCCCCAGCCACCACCUCUCAUGGCUCAAGUCGCUGCCCGCCGACGCGCCCAUUGAAGACAUCCGCGCAGCGUAUCAACGCGACGGUGUCGUCCACAUUCGCGGUCUGCUGCCGCGCGAACAGGUGCUGGGAGUGAGAAAGACAUUCUUCGAGUUUGUGCAGCACACGGGCAUCCUCAAAGAGGGCACCGACCCCGUUGAAGGCAUCUACAGCGGUCUUGGAUCUCAGAACCUCCCAGCUACCGCCACCAUCGACGACCGCCGCGAAUCAGACGACCUCCUCCAAGAUGUCCGCACCGUCGCCAACUAUGAACCUUUCAUCAAGGACUUUGUCGACGAUCCCAAGAUAUUCGACAUGGCGCGCAGGAUCAAGAGCGAGUGGCGUGAGCCGUUCCGCUUCCGCCAGCAGGUCCUGAGGACCAAUGUCCCAUACGCCUACAGGUGUGCGACACGGGUCCACUAUGACCAGAUGUACCUUCGGGGCAUGGAGCCUGAUGCGCUCACCGCCUGGAUCCCAAUCGGCGACAUCUCACCCGUGGGCGGUGGUCUGAUGUACCUCGAAGACUCGGUGCCUCUCGGCCAGGAGAUUGAGACGGGCUUCUACCAUCUGAACCGCGAUUUGCCCGAGGAGGACCAGCUGGAUGCCUUCAACGUCAACAUGCUCCAAGGAGGCGGUCUUACACGCGACUGCAACAUGUUUGCGACACAGACCAAGCGGCGAUGGCUCAUUGCAGACUACAAGGCCGGCGACGUCGUGUUCCACGACUGCUACGCGAUCCACUGCAGCGCCAACAACGAGGACCCUGAGGAGCGUAUUCGAUUCGCGACGGACGUCCGGUUUGCCGACCGGCAGGCGGCGUUUGAGGAUCGCUGGUGGGGUGUGUAG